AUGGCAAUUCCAGUGAUUGAUUUCUCAAAGCUUAGUGGAGAGGAAAGAGCCAAAACUAUGGCACAGAUUGCUAAUGGAUGUGAAGAAUGGGGAUUCUUUCAGUUGGUGAAUCAUGGGAUUUCUGAAGAGCUUCUUGAGAAGGUGAAGAAGGUCGCAUCCGAGUGCUUCAAGCUGGAAAGAGAAGAGGGUUUCAAGAAUUCAACCAAAGUAAAGUUGCUGAAUGAACUGAUGGAGAAGAAGAGCACUGACAGAUUGGAGAAUGUGGACUGGGAAGAUGUCUUCCUUCUCUCAGAUAACAAUGAAAAUGAAUGGCCAUCAAAGACUGCCAAAUUCAAGGAAACCAUGGAGGAGUAUAGAGCAGAACUUAAGAAACUGGCAGAGAAUCUCAUGGAAAUAAUGGAUGAAAACCUGGGCUUACCAAAAGGUUACAUCAAAAAGGCUUUCAACGGUGGAGAAGAAGAUAAUGCAUUUUUUGGCACUAAGGUCAGCCAUUAUCCACCAUGCCCAAAUCCUGAAAAAGUCAUUGGCCUCCGAGCUCACACUGAUGCUGGAGGUGUCAUCUUGCUCUUCCAAGAUGAUAAAGUUGGAGGCCUGCAAAUCCUGAAAGAUGGCGAAUGGAUCGAUGUUCAACCUCUUCCCAAUUCUAUUGUCAUCAAUACUGGAGAUCAAAUCGAAGUCCUGAGCAACGGGCGAUAUAAGAGCGUUUGGCACCGUGUUUUGGCCACCCAAGAUGGAAACAGAAGAUCCCUUGCUUCAUUUUACAAUCCAUCACUCAAUGCAACGAUAUCUCCUGCUCCUGAGUUAAUCGAAAAAGCUCAGGGUAAAGACAAUCAAGAAGGUGCCUACCCUAAGUUUGUGUUUGGUGAUUACAUGUCCGUUUACGUUCAGCAGAAGUUUCUUCCAAAAGAACCAAGAUUCCAAGCUGUUAAAGCCAAGUGA